AUGCACGGCUAUGACAACGAGGAGCGAGACAUGCAUCCCUUCAUGCUGGCAAUGGGUCCUGACAUUCCACAUUUCACCGACCGCCAACACUUCUACCAGAUCGACCUCUACCCCUACAUCUGUGCGAUGCUGGGACUGGACAAGCCGAACAAGAUCGACGGACUGAUCGACCGUGUGCUACCGUUCUUGAAGAACAAGCCGAGUGAGGAGUACCUCCAACAAUUUCGUCUCUAUGCUUCUGACUUGCCUGAUUGGAGGCGUCAAUUGACAAGUGGAAUCACAAAUUAUAAAAGCAGCUACAGGCUUACCUCCUUCAGUUUGCAACGCAAAAUGCAGUCACUUUUGGUGCUCCUGUUUCUGUUGUGCGGCACAUGCUACGCACAAAAAGUCAUUCUUGUCUCCCUUGAUGGUUUCCGCCACGACUACAUCGAAUAUGCUCUUCAAAAUGGCAGAAAUGUUUCUGCUUUUCAAAAAAUCGCAAAACAGGGAUUCCGAGGAAUGCAAGUGCAGAACGUAAUGGUCACACUUACGUUUCCAUCGCACUUUGCUCUUGCCACCGGCCGCACUGUGGAACACCACGGCUUAGUAGGCAACACCUUCUACGAUCCUGAUCUGAAAGACUACUACAAGUACACCAAUUCCACGAAGAACCUCCAGCCACAAUGGUUCACCAUGAACCACAAUGAACAGAUUUGGCUUACCAACCAAAGGAACGGUGGAAAAAGUGGCGUCGUCUAUUGGCCGAGUAGUGACUCGCGUAUGUAUGGUGAAAUGGAGUAUGUCAACUUCGGUCUCUACAGCAGUCUACCAAGCAUCCGAUUUCGGGUUGAUCGCGUAAUGGAUUGGAUCACGAAGCCCGACGUAAACCUUGUGGUUAUGUACUACAACGAGCCGGAUCACAGUGGGCAUGGACAUGGUCCAGACUCCAAAGAGGUUCUUGACGCGUUGGAGGUCGUGAACGAUGGCAUCGCUUACUUGCUGCAGAGAAUCGAGCAGUCGGAUGAUUUUGAUGAGCCACCAAACAUCAUCGUCACAAGCGAUCAUGGCAUGACGCGAGUCAGCAACAAGAAAAUUGUUAACGUCAGCGAAGUUUUGAGUCCAGAUGAAUAUAUUUUUGGAGUUGAUGGUUCACCAGCAACAUUGGGUGUAUGGCCAAAACCAUACAGUCUGACGGUGGACCAGUUGUACGAUAGACUUAAAAAGCUACCAAAUUGCGAUGUCUACCGGAAAGAAGAUAUUCCCGACAAGUAUCACUACAAGAACAAUAAGCGGAUCGCACCAAUUGUCGUCUUCCCACAUCUCGGAUGGAUGGUGCAGACCAACGCUUCCGACCCCUACAAGGACACCCUCAGUAAAUCCUCCAUUCCAAUAUUGACAUCUUAUUUUACGCCUUUUACUCGAGUCGACUGA